AUGCGGUCCCUCUCUCUGUUGGUUGUGGCCAUUGCGCCCGCUGUUAAUGCCUUCAUCGACCGCGUCAACCACACCUCGCAGAUCCGUCUCGCCUUCCAUGGUAACGAUGGCAUGAUGGUAAGCUGGAACACGUUUGACCGCGUGGAUAAGCCGACGGUGCGCUGGGGCCUGACCGAGGGCAAUCUCAACGAGACGUCCCAGUCCACCAUCUCGGUCACGUACCCGACCUCGACGACGUACAACAACCACGUUCUCGUCACCGGCCUCAAGCCCGGCACCACCUACUUUUACCAGCCGUCCCCUUUGGUGAACACUGCAAACAAGAAGCCGUUCAACUUUACCACCAGCCGCGAGGCCGGUGAUGCCCGACCCCUGACCAUUGCCUACGUUGCAGACCUGGGUACGAUGGGUGCCCGCGGCCUUACCACCAACGCCUCCUCGAGCGUCGCGCCCAACAACAUCCUCAAGCCUGGCGAGCAAAACACCAUCGAGUCCCUUGCUGCUGUGCAAUCGGGCUAUGACUUUCUUUGGCAUAGCGGCGACAUUGCCUACGCCGACUACUGGCUCAAGGAGGAGAUUCAAGGUUUCCUCGAGAACACGACCAUCGCUGACGGGUACAAGGUGUACGAGGCCAUCCUCAAUGACUUUUACGACGAGAUGAUGAGCGUCACCGCGUAUAAGCCGUGGAUGGUGGGGCCUGGCAAUCACGAAGCCAACUGCGACAAUGGCGGCACCACUGACAAGACGAAGAAUAUUACUUAUGAUGUGAGCAUCUGCAUGCCGGGCCAGACCAACUUCACGGGCUACAAGAACCACUUCCGCAUGCCUUCGGACGUCUCUGGCGGAACGGGCAACUUUUGGUACAGCUGGGACAGCGGUCUCGCGCACUUCAUCCAGAUCGACACCGAGACCGACCUCGGCCAUGGCUUCAUCGGCAACGACGAGAUUGGCGGCAUCGAGGGAGAAGGCGCCAGCCCCGUCAACGCCACCAUGAACGCCCAGACGGCCUGGCUCGAAGCCGACCUCGCGGCCGUCGACCGCUCCAAGACGCCCUGGGUCAUUGUCGCCGGCCAUCGGCCCUGGUACCUCAGCCACAAGAACGACAGCGGCACCAUCUGCUGGACCUGCAAGGACGUCUUCGAGCCGCUCCUGACAAAGUACAAUGUCGACCUCGUCCUCUCGGGCCACGCCCACGUCUACGAGCGCCAGAACCCGCUCGCCUUUGAGAAGCAGGACCCCAACGGCCUCAACAACCCGUCCUUUCCCUGGUACAUCACCAACGGCGCCGCCGGGCACUACGACGGGCUGGACUCGCUGGACUCUCCACGCAAGCCGUACAGCAAGUUUGGUCUCGAUACCAAGGACGGCGUCUACGGAUGGAGCCGCCUCACCUUCCACAACUGCACGCACCUGACGCACGAGUAUAUUGCCAGCAACAACAACACGGCCGUGGACGCGGCGACGCUGUUCAAGGCGCGGACGUGUGCUGGGGUCAAUGGAACUAUCCCAGGCCAGAACACCAACUCGACAUCGCCUCGCGACGGGUACAGGUCUACCGAGUUCGUCGAUGACGAGUAA